GGAUGGCUACGUGAAGAUGUUCCUGCGGGGCCGUCCCGUCCCCAUGUACGUCCCCGAUGCCCUCGUCGCCACCUACAGCCUGGACACCAAGCUGGAGCUGCCACCCAAGAAGCUGAAGCUGGACUGGGUCUACGGGUACCGGGGCCGCGACUGCCGGGCCAACCUCUUCCUGCUGCCCACGGGGGAGAUUGUCUAUUUCGUGGCAGCCGUGGCCGUGCUGUACAGCGUGGAGGAGCAGCGGCAGCGCCACUACCUGGGCCACAACGACGACAUUAAGUGCCUGGCUGUGCACCCCGACAUGGUAACCAUAGCAACCGGGCAGGUGGCCGGGACAUCCAAGGACGGCAAGCCGCUACUGCCCCACGUGCGGGUCUGGGACUCGGUCAGCCUGAACACGCUGCACGUGCUGGGCCUGGGGGCCUUCGACCGAGCCGUGAGCUGCGUGGGAUUCUCAAAGUCCAACGGCGGGGGCCUGCUGUGUGCCGUCGAUGAGUCCAACGAGCAUGUGCUGUCUGUGUGGGACUGGCAGAAGGAGCAGAAAAUCGCUGAUGUCAAGUGCUCAAACGAGUCGGUCCUGGCCGCCACCUUCCACCCCACGGAGCCGACGCUGCUCAUCACCUGCGGGAAGUCGCACCUCUACUUCUGGAGCCUGGACAAGGGCAGCUUGAGCAAACGGCAGGGCAUCUUCGAGAAACACGAGAAGCCCAAGUACGUGCUGUGCGUGGCCUUCACCGAGAAUGGGGACGUGGUCACCGGGGACUCCGGGGGCAACCUCUACAUCUGGGGCAAAGGGGGGAACCGGAUCAGCCAGGCGGUGCUGGGGGCCCACGAGGGUGGCGUCUUCGGGCUGUGUGUGCUGCGCAAUGGCACCAUCGUCUCGGGCGGCGGCAAGGACCGCCGGGUCGUGCUCUGGGGGCGCGACUACCAGAAGCUGCAGGAGAAUGAGGUCCCAGAGAGCUUCGGGCCCGUGCGCACCAUCACAGAAGGCAAAGACGACACCCUCUUCGUGGGGACGACCCGCAACUCUGUGCUGCAGGGCUCGCUGGCCACCGGCUUCUCCUCCCUGGUGCAGGGUCACACAGAGGAGCUCUGGGGCCUGGCCACCCACCCCAGCCUGGACCAGUUCCUGACCUGCGGCCAGGACAGGCAGGUUCAUCUGUGGAGCGUGGCCACCCGCCGGCCGCUGUGGAGCAAAGCCAUCGAGGAUGCGGCCCGCUCGGCUGGCUUCCAUCCCAACGGCUCCGUGCUGGCGGUGGGGACGGUGACAGGAAGGUAUGGGGGUGGGGCGUGGAAGGGGCUGGCCCUGGGGGGGCACUGCAGCCCUACGGGGAGCCCAGGGCAAGGGGCGUCCCACCGUCCGUCCCUGGCCCAGGCCCUGCUCCGCAGCCCGUGUGGCUCUGCCCAGCUCCUCCUCUCUGUGCCCCCAGAUGGCAGCUACCUGGCCGUGGGCUCCCACGAUAACUUCGUCUACGUGUACGGUGUCUCCGAGGACGGUAGGAAGUACAGCCGCGUUGGCAAGUGCUCGGGUCAUUCCAGUUUCAUCACUCACCUAGACUGGGCAGCCGACAGCAGCUGUUUCGUCACCAACUCUGGGGACUACGAGAUCCUGUACUGGGACCCCACCACCUGCCGGCAGAUCCCCAACGCCGGAGCCGUGCGCAACCUGGAGUGGGCCACGGCCAGCUGCGUGCUGGGCUUCGGGGUCUUCGGGAUCUGGCCGGAGGGCGCGGACGGGACAGACAUCAACGCCGUGUGCCGCUCCCACGACGGCAAACUCCUGGCCUCCGCCGACGACUUCGGCAAAGUGCACUUGUUCUCCUACCCCUGCUGCCAGCCGCGGGCCCCGAGCCACGCGGCCGGCGGGCACAGCAGCCACGUGACCAACGUUGCCUUCCUGCCCGACGACAGCCUGCUGCUCUCCACCGGCGGCACCGACACCAGUGUCCUGCAAUGGCGUCUCGUCUAGGGGGCGGGGCAUGGGGGGGCCGGCAUGGAGCGGGGAGGGCGGGGGCUGUAUUUUCCAGAGAUCUAUAUAUGUAUUGAGUCUAUAUCCAGAGCUAUAUUGAAAGGCUGGGGCGGGACAGGGCCCAGGGGGCAGACCCAGACUCCGGGGGGGCACUUUGUGGGGGAGGGUGCCUGGUGCUGCCCUUUCUUAGGGGGCUCAGGCUCCCCUCCCCCCCAAGGACCGGGGAGGAAGCUGCUUGGGGAAUGGGGGGGGGGGAAUCAAGGGUGACAUGUGCCCCUUCCUGGGGGGGAUGGGAGAGGGACACAGAAUGUACCCUCCAGCCAGGAUUGGGGCUGGCUCUGCCCUUCCCCACCAGGCUGCUGGGCAUGUGGGUCGCGCCCCCUCCCCAGCCAGCCGUAUUUGCACUGGACGUGGGGGUGAUCCUGGCGUCCCUGGCGCCGGGGGGGGGAAGGGGGCGAAGGGCAGGGGCCAAAGCAUGAACCAGUAUUUCCAAAGAGCGGGGGCACCGAGCUCUUCUACGCCCGGCCCAGCCAAUAAAGGCAAGUGAUUGAA